AAUAUUAAGAAAUCGGAAUUUAAAGUUAUAUAUAUAAAGUACUUGGGUUUUAUUAUCUCUAUAUCUAGUAUUAAAAUAGAUCCCGAUAAAGUUAAGUUUUUCCUCGGCUUUUAUAACUUUUAUAAAUGCUUUAUUAGAGAGUAUGGGCGAAUUACUAGAUCUCUUACCUUACUUAUAAAAAAGGGGAUUUCCUUUAAGUAG